CUCUGCCCUUUUCCGCUUUUUGUAUCCGUUGAAGCAACGGCCCUCUCUCUCUCUCUCUCUCUCUCUCUGAGCUUCAGAGCUCACUCACCGAUAUCGCAGCGUUUGGUUUUAUAACUCGGACUCCAUAAUUUUCACCUAUUUUUUCUAUUUUCAUUCUCAUUUUUCUCUCUCAUUUCCAUUACUAAACAAACGCUCCCCAACGUUACGCUUCCCCCGCUCUCUCUGUCUCUCGCAAUCCCGAGGAAGCUCAGCUCGCAGUCCCCCACAAGCCCCGUCUCCUCGCCGGAGACAAUGCCUCUUCCCAGCCACCGCCGCUCCACCUCCGAAGUAUCCCUCAGCUCAAAGCCGCCGUUCCUCUCCCCUAAACCACUCCUACUCGCCGGCAUUCUCGUCCUCUGCUUUGCAGCCGCCUCCCUCGCGGCCUUCUUCUUCUGCAUCUGCCGCACCCGGACAUCCAAGAAGCGGAAAGUGCUCGGGAAGCACGGCUCCGGCUCGAUACCCCUGGUCACCAAGGAGAUCGCCGAGAUCGGAGCGAAGGAUCUGGUGGUGAAUGGAGUCAAAGACGAGGUCAGGAUCGGGAUCGCGGAUCUGAAGAAGCAGGGGAAGCGGAACGAGUCAACUGAUGAUGACAGCGAGCCUGCCGGUGCGGCCAGAGGCGGGAAGAGCGGGGAGAGUGAUGGUGCGUCGAGUGGAAGCAAGAGCGAUGCCGCGGCGGAGGCGCAGGGCAACAUCGGCUGGGGGCGGUGGUACAGUCUGCGGGAGCUCGAGGUUGCGACGCGCGGAUUUGCGGAGGAGAAUGUGAUUGGAGAAGGAGGCUACGGCGUCGUGUACCGGGGAGUCCUGACCGAUGGCUCGGUGGUUGCGGUGAAGAACCUUCUCAACAAGAAGGGUCAGGCAGAAAAGGAGUUCAGAGUAGAAGUUGAGGCCAUUGGAAAAGUAAGACACAAAAAUUUGGUGGGUCUAGUUGGCUACUGCGCAGAGGGUCCUCAAAGGAUGCUUGUCUAUGAAUACAUUGAUAAUGGAAAUUUGGAGCAGUGGUUGCAUGGUGAUGUUGGGCCGACCAGUCCUCUUACCUGGGAAAUUAGAAUGAAAAUUGCUGUUGGAACAGCUAAAGGUUUAGCCUAUUUGCAUGAAGGAUUGGAGCCCAAGGUUGUGCAUCGUGAUGUAAAAUCUAGCAAUAUUCUUCUGGAUAGAAAGUGGAAUCCAAAGUUAUCAGAUUUUGGACUGGCAAAGCUGUUGGGAUCAGAGGCAACUCAUGUGACUACACGUGUAAUGGGCACUUUCGGAUACGUCUCACCUGAAUAUGCAAGCACUGGUAUGCUUAAUGAAGGGAGUGACGUUUACAGUUUCGGAGUUCUACUUAUGGAGCUGAUUAGUGGACGGAGUCCUAUCGACUAUUCUAGACCAGCCGGGGAGAUGAACCUGGUCGACUGGUUUAAAUCAAUGGUAGCCAGUCAUCGCGGGGAGGAAAUUGUUGACCCUCUCAUUGCAGUUCAGCCCCCUCCAAGAGCCCUGAAGCGGGUUUUAUUAGUUUGUCUCCGGUGUAUAGAUUUGGAUGCCAGUAAGCGACCAAAGAUGGGUCAAAUUGUUCACAUGCUCGAGACGGAUGAUUUCCCAUUUCGUGCCGAACAUAGAGCAACUCGAGAGAAAGAUCCCCCCCCUUCCCGUGCAGGUGAAUUCAACAAAGUUCCACGUCCUUCCAGGUUUGUUGCCGACAGUCCAGAGGAGAGAUUGCGAUGGAGAUGAUAGCAAAACUCCCUUUUGAGCCAACCCAGCCACCAAGGUCACACAUUAUUUCUGUCAUAUAAGUUUUCCACUAGUCUGAAAUAUAGUUGUGAUUUUUGGAUUGGCAAAUUCGAGUAUAUAUAAUUGAUAGUUCCCUCGUGUAUUGCUUUAGUUCUUCAAUAUAAUAGCUCCUUGUUUAUAAUGUAGCAGUAUUUUACACAUAAACAAGCCGUGUAAAUAUAAUGUCCUCUUAUUGAAGAUGUAUGGAGUGUAUUUCACUUCUCUUGUAAUGGAACACCGAGAACUCCUGCGAUGAAUAUUGCUUUAUGCACCUGAAUAUGACUCUGAACUUUGUCA